AUGGCCGACGAAGACCUCUCCCUCUCCUCCACCACCGCUUCUCCCCCGACCUCGGCUCACUUCUACCCAUUCGCAACCUCUCCAGAUAUCAUCCGCUCGCACGAGAAAGACAUCUUCCUGACGGCAAACCUAGUCAACCAGGCUCAGACGAUUGUCCGCUCACUGCGGGGUGCUCGAGUCGCGCAUGCCUAUUCCGAAACAAUCAAGAACCUAACAGAGCUUCUCUAUUUCUCCCUGACAACGUUAAUCGGCAACCGGACGCUCGGAGAAGAAUACUGUGAUCUCGUCCAAUUGGAGGAUGAUACGCUGCAACUACCAUCGAUCGCUCGGAGAGCGGGCUAUAUCGUGAGCAGUAUCCUGCUGCCGUGGAUGCUCCAGAAGGUCCUCCCCGCUUUUCGGCAACGACUUCGGGCGAAACUAGAGCGCAGCAUUGCUCGGCAGCAAUUCCGCGCCCAACAAGCAAAAGAAGAACUCAAGUCUUCCAAGAGCAAACCUCAACAACAGCCCCUUAUCACAAAGCUCCGCGUCCAGAAAUAUAUUCUCGAACACCUGGAUUCCAUCACUUCGCUAUCUCCGAUCUACGCGCUGAGUAUUGCGACGUUCUAUUUCACCGGCUCAUAUUACCACCUGUCCAAACGCUUUUGGGGCCUGCGAUAUGUCUUCACCAAGAAACUGGAAGAAAAUGAACAACGCGUGGGCUAUGAGGUUCUUGGGGUGUUACUCGUCCUUCAGAUUGCGGUCCAGGGGAUCCUGCACGUUCGGAAGGUCGGUGAAAGCCUGCGACAGGAGGACGAGAACGCUGGCUCCGAGUCGCCCGGCUUCAAAGACCGGGCUGGCUCUCUGAUUAAAUCAAUUGAGAACCCUUCAAGCCUCCCUCUGCUCCCCGCCUCCGAGCCCCGGUAUGAUCUUGAGGAGGAUGCGAGCGCCAUUCCGUGGAUCCCGUCCGGGCAACAGAGCAAGUGCACGCUUUGUCUAGAAACUUUCAAAGACCCCAGCGUCACUACAUGCGGACACGUCUUUUGCUGGAUCUGCGUCCGCGACUGGGUCCGGGAGAAACCCGAGUGUCCCCUGUGCCGACAGGAAGUCCUCUUGUCCAAAGUCUUGCCGCUCAGAGGGUAG